AGCCUUAAGAGAGCUGAAAAAUUAAGGAUCUUUUGUGUAUCAUACUACAUAAUAUUUAGCAUUAUCAGUUUCAAUGUGUACAACAAAUACUAAAAUGCCUGCAAGAGUUAAUAUUUCAUGUGAGAAUAUAUAUUAGAACAUCAUAUAAGUUAAUGCUUGCACAUCCACUACUUUAGACUCUUAGAACUAUUCAAAGAAUUACAAAUGCUGUGAUAACCUGUGUGGACAAAUGUUAAAGCAUUCAUUUUACAAAUUCAACAUUUCUAUCUUUAGUUUGGUUUUCUAGACAUGGACAUGUGAGAGAAAUAUUAUCCGCCUAGACCAAGACUUAACUUUGACUUGUUCAAAGGACAGACAAGGUGAAUGACAGUUAGUAACAACUGUAUAUUCUACUAGUCUAUCAAUGUACUAGGUUAUUUAUCUCAGAAAUCUACUAGGUAUUUGAAUGUAGAUUAUUUUGGCCCUCUUCCAGUUAUGUGUCACAAACUUGGAGGAUGCUUUUGAACAUAUUGAAGAAGUUCUGAAGUGUGUAAAGAACAAGCACCUCGAAGAAGCAUGCUAGAGGAAGGACUGGGUGGUGAACCAAAUAUGAUGACUGCAACAAAGAUGGUCCUCCAUGACUGGCAAAUUAAAGAGGCAGAUCGCCCUUUCUUGUUCCUACCUCAUCAAUGGGAGGAUGGCUUGUUAGAAUCACAUACCAUGCAUGGACUAGAUGAAGAAACGGUGGCUAAUGAUAGUCAGGCGUACCUACAGCAACACGUGAAGCCAUCACAAAUGUAAUCUCAAUCCAAAAGCAAAGAAGUUUACCAGUACUUGGGGAUCUCUAUUCUCUUCAGUGAGAAAGAACUAAAUGAUGAGAAAGCCAACGAAGUCCCUAAAUGAGAGGGAGAUACCAAGUUCCAGCAGCUGAGCUAGACGUAUGCCUAGAAGAAAACAUGGCUCUCGUUUUGUAGUUAGGAAUUAUUAUUUUCACAUCCAGCAUAUUUUUGUUCUUCCAAGAUGAUGAGUUCUAGUUAUUUAUCAUGUAAAAUUAUCCCUGAAUACUCUGGGAUUUAAUCCAUGGAGGCAUGGAGUGACAGUUGGUAUGAUACACAUGGAAAGAUGAAUCAACAUUCAGAAACAGGGUGGCCCAAGUAAUGAAAAAAAUCAUUCAAGUUUUUCCCAUGAUGGUUGAGCUGUUCUUAUCAUCACUUGGCACUUCUAAUCAUCAAAGUCAAAUCAAGUAACUGCUUUGGC